CGAAUGUCAGUUAUCGAAAGUUCCGAAUAUUUUAUACGUAAGCGAAUGAACGUGUAGACUGUAGUACAAAGCGAUUGACUUUGCAAACUUAGGCCGACGGCCCAGCUCAGCCGAAUGAGCCGUAAUCUGAAUUUGGUGACGUGGCAUCUUUCUCAUCUCUUAUCCCUUUCUCUGCUCUUACUAGUUUACACUACACAAACAACAUACAACACAGGACAGGCAUCAAUGGCGUCCACGCUCAUAUCCACCCCUCUCAAACUCCACCAGCUACACUCCCACGCUUCCCUUUCAUGGCGCUGCAACAAUUUUUCAGUCGAAUCAAUCCCCUCUCACUCUCUCUCCAUCUCCCCCAAUUUCACCCCUAAAGGCAGGAGUAAAUCGGCGGUGAUAACUUGCAAUGCCCAAGCAGCGCCGGCCGCGGUGAAUCUUGCUCCGGGGACGCCGGUGAGGCCGACGAGCAUACUGGUGGUGGGUGCCACCGGCACAUUGGGCCGGCAGAUUGUGCGCAGAGCCCUAGACGAGGGGUAUGACGUCAGGUGUCUCGUCAGGCCUCGACCUGCCCCUGCUGAUUUUCUCCGCGAUUGGGGCGCUACAGUUGUCAAUGCAGACUUGAGCAAACCUGAGAGUAUACCAGCAACAUUAGUCGGCAUACACACGGUGAUUGACUGUGCCACGGGACGUCCGGAGGAGCCCAUAAAAACUGUAGAUUGGGAAGGAAAAGUUGCUCUUAUACAAUGUGCAAAGGCUAUGGGGAUCCAAAAGUUUGUCUUCUUCUCCAUCCACAAUUGUGACAAGCAUCCUGAGGUUCCGCUUAUGGAGAUUAAGUACUGCACCGAGAAGUUUAUUCGUGAUUCAGGCCUCAACCACAUAACUAUCCGACUUUGCGGCUUCAUGCAGGGCCUGAUUGGGCAGUAUGCAGUACCCAUUCUCGAAGAGAAAUCUGUUUGGGGAACUGAUGCUCCUACAAGAAUAGCAUACAUGGACACCCAGGAUAUUGCCCGAUUAACAUUUAUAGCUCUGCGCAAUGAGAAUAUCACUGGAAAACUUCUGACAUUUGCGGGUCCUCGUGCCUGGACUACCCAAGAGGUGAUAACCUUGUGUGAGAGGCUUGCUGGUCAAGAUGCAAAUGUCACCACUGUCCCUGUCUCUGUUCUGAGAUUUACUCGGCAGCUGACUCGUCUAUUCGAGUGGACCAACGAUGUUGCUGAUCGAUUGGCAUUCUCAGAGGUUCUUACAAGUGAUGUUGUUUUCUCGGCCCCAAUGGCUGAGACAUACAAUCUGCUCGGAGUGGAAGCAAAGGAUAUUAGUUCCCUAGAGAAAUAUCUGCAGGAUUAUUUCACAAACAUUUUGAAGAAGUUGAAAGACAUCAAAGCACAGUCCAAACAAACUGACAUUUACUUUUGACGACACAGUAAAUUCUCUUUCUGUUUGAUACAUAUGCUUAUGUAUAAGUUGUAUAUGAGUGCAGAAUUUCCGUGAAAGAGCGGGCUUGGGCUCAAUUUAUAGGCCCAACAAAAACCCGGGUCUGUUCGACCUGCCCAGUUGGGCAUGUGAACUGAAACGAAAUGAAAUACAAAAUGGUAUUUUUCCUUAUA